GCAACAUGCGAUUUUGAAGUUUCAAAUGCAAGUGGAUAACCUAAAAUUUAAUUUAUUUACAAAAAUAGGUUGUAAUAAUGUCGUGGGAAUAAAUAAAAAAUGAUGAAGGACGUAACUAAAAUACCGGAAUUUAUUCCAACCAUAAAAGAUGGUGAGGAAGUUGAAGACUUUUCUGAGGAAUCGGACGAAGAAAUAGAGUAUCAACCAUCUAAACAGAAAGUGCAGCGGAAAGCAGAUUUCAAUCCGAAGUUUGAAUUUGUUAGUUCUGUCGAAGAAUACAAUAAGAACACAUGGGACGAUCUUCACAAGUAUGUGAAACGUAAUGUAAAGCAUACGUUAGACGAGAAAAUAGAGAGACGGAGAGCUGCCGUGAAGGUGCACGGCAACGCUGACGAUGUGGACACUGACUCCGAUGUUGACAGAAAAGACAGUGAUGUUGGAGAGCUGGAGAUAUCUGAUGAUGAGCUCAAAAAAGAUGCAAUCAAGACUAAGCCUAAGAAGCUUACCAAAAAACAGAAGUUACAAGAGGAAUUAGCAGACGACACAGAACAGGGUGCCCGCAUAGAGUACGACUCUGACUUCUUCGAGGAGCCUCCUCCGUAUGACGAGAAUGCUUCGUUCUACAUGAUGAACUUAUCCCGACCCCUGCUGAAGGCUAUAGGAGCCAUGAACUUUGUGCAUCCCACGCCUAUACAGGCUGCUACUAUACCUGUGGCUUUGCUUGGCAAGGACGUAUGCGCCUGCGCAGCGACAGGCACGGGCAAGACGGCGGCGUACAUGCUGCCCAUACUCGAGCGGUUACUGUACAAGUCGAGUGCUGGCUCCAGAACUACGCGCGUGCUCGUGCUCGUGCCUACUAGGGAGUUGGGGGCUCAGGUACACGCAGUGACCAGGCAGCUGGCACAAUUCACUUCGGUCACCGUCGGCCUGUCUAUCGGAGGACUUGACGUCAAAUAUCAGGAAACCAUGCUGCGUCGCAACCCGGACAUAGUGAUAGCGACGCCGGGCCGGCUGAUCGACCACAUCCGCAACACUCCCUCCUUCGGCCUGCACUCUAUUGAAGUAUUAGUGCUGGAUGAGGCAGACAGGAUGCUAGACGAGUAUUUCGCAGAACAAAUGAAGGAGAUCAUCCGUCAAUGUUCUCCCAAGAGACAGAGUAUGCUGUUCUCGGCCACCAUGAGUGAACAAGUCAAGGAUUUAGCAGCCGUAUCGCUCAAGAAGCCCGUCAAACUGUUCGUGGAUUCUAAUAAGGAUGUCGCUUUCAAUUUGAGGCAGGAGUUUGUCAGGAUUCGCCGCGAGCGCGAGUGUGACCGCGAGGCUUUGCUGGCGGCGCUGGUGUGCCGCACGUUCCGCGACCGCGCCGUGGUGUUCGUGCAGACCAAGAAGCAAGCGCAUCGCCUGCACGUCGCGCUAGGACUGCUCGGCGUCAAGGUAGCAGAACUCCACGGCGCUUUAAACCAGCCCCAACGUUUGGACUCUCUGAAGCGUUUCCGCGAAGAGCAAGUGGAUGUGCUAGUGGCUACCGACGUCGCGGCCAGAGGUCUGGACAUACCCGGCGUGAGGACUGUGCUUAACUUCACUCUGCCGGCCACGCUCGAGCAUUAUAUACAUCGCGUAGGUCGCACAGCCCGCGCGGGCCGCGGCGGCGUGUCGGUGUCGCUGGCGGGCGAGGCGGAGCGCGCGCUAGUGAAGGCCAUCGUGCGCCGCGCCCGCCGGCCCGUCAAGUCCAGACAGGUGCCGCCUGAUAUAGUCGCCAAAUAUCGUGAUAGAUUGGCGAGGUUGGAACCUGAGAUAGCCGCGAUCCUCGACGAAGAAUACGCGGAGAAACAAAUGAAUAAAAUGGAGAAACAGACAGCCAAGCUCGAGGGGGCCAUUAAAACUGAGGGGGGAGAACAGGUUGGGCCCAAGAUUGAGAUCAAGAGACAGCGGGAGUGGUUCCAGACCCCUAAGGAGAAGAGAGAAGAGAAAGAGAGAUUGGCUCUCACUAGGCAUCCUGGUCAAGAAAAGCAAAAGAAAGGCGCUAAAAAGCGCAAACGCGAUGACGACUCAGACUCAGACCACAACGAUGGCGGCAGAAAGAAGAAGAGAUUCACCAAACACAAGCCCAAGGACACGCCCGAGGAACGAGUCAACAGGGAAAUGGAGAAGGUGGCGCUCCUACAAUCUCGCAUGGAGAAACGCAAGAAGAAACAGCGUCGAAUUCGCGCCGUCGACGAUAAUGACGACCUACCCCAACACAGGCCCAAGAACACCAACAAAAGUAAGAAGAAACAGAGCAACUUCGCUACGGACCUUACAGACACCUCCCGAGCGGCCACUAAGAGGCUCCGGUAUGAUGCUAACAAGGCCCAAAAGGGAAAUAAAGGCCCUAACAAAGGAAAAACACCGUUCAAAGGCAAAGGACCAGGAAAAGGGCCUGGCAAAGGCCCAUCUAAGCCAAAGGCGUUUGGAAAACCUCAAGCCGGAAAAGGACGUAGGAAAAAUUAAUAAAUGUGCCUUUGAUUUGUUAUGUAUUA